GCGACCAACGGAAUUUUACCUCAGGACUAGUAACUAAAGUUAGCGGUAAGCUAACUGGUCACGUAUAUUUAAUUAUAUCAUUAUACAAUGUCUUAUUUGCCUACAAAAAAGAAAUACUUUGUUAGCUAGCUAGCUUACAACUAACGGACUUUUCUGACAUUGUAGGAAACUUAGACACUGUUUGUGAGUCAUUCUGCUAGGUAAGUUUUAUAGCUAAACAGAAACGAACCGAAUAUUGUGGAUAUAGCAGGUCUUUAGACAGCUUUAACAUGAAAUAUCACCACACUGUGGCCACACCAGGUUUAUUCUCUUCUCUCAUCAUCUUCAUCUUCAUCACCAUCUUCAUCACCAGGGUUCUGCUCGAUCUGCUCUCCCGCAGCCAUGUCUGACUCGGAGGAGGAGAGCCAGGACCGGCAGCUGAAGCUGGUUCUGGUGGGAGACGGAGCUUCAGGAAAGACGUCACUCGCCACCCGGUUCUCGCAGGAGGCUUUUGGGAAACAGUACAAACAGACGAUAGGGCUGGAUUUCUUCCUCAAGAGGAUCACCCUGCCAGGAAAUCUGAACGUCACGCUGCAGGUGUGGGAUAUCGGAGGUCAGACUCUGGGAGGAAAGAUGCUGGAUAAAUACGUAUACGGAGCUCAGGGUGUUCUCCUGGUGUAUGACAUCACUAACUCUCAGAGUUUUGAGAAUCUGGAGGACUGGUACAGCAUGGUGAAGAAAGCCAACGAGGAGUCAGAUGUGCAGCCUGUUAUAUCACUAGUUGGGAACAAAAUUGAUCUGGAGCACAUGCGGACAGUGAAGGUGGAUAAGCACCAGCGCUUCUGUCAGGAGAACGGCCUGAUCAGCCAGUUCGUAUCAGCCAAGACUGGAGACUCGGUGUUCCUGUGUUUUCAGAGAGUGGCAGCGGAGAUUUUGGGAAUAAAAUUGAAUAAAGCAGAAAUAGAACAGUCACAGCGGAUUGUUCGGGCUGAGUUGGUGGACUAUCCUCAGGAUGAAGGACCGAUUGCUCACGACAGCAAUCAGAGCAAGAUCUGCUCUGUUCAAUAACAUGAACACGGGUGGUGAAGGCGGACAUCGUGAACUACAGCCAGGAGUCCGUGGCUCGGACGGUGAACCCCCCGCGGAGCUCCAUGUGUAUCAUACAGUGAUCAUCAUCACCCGCUGGAUCUCCUCCCUCCUCCUCCUCUCUCUCUCUCUCUCUUCUCCUCCAAGUCUGUGUUCAUCUCUCUGAACUGGGACCAGCAGAGCGCUGCACAGCGCAGCGUAUAGACUGCACACACUCGUACCUCUGCUCUGCUGUUAAGUGUGUAAAGUGUGUGUGUACAGUAUGUGUGUGUGUGUGUGCUCAUCUUCAGUUUGCUGACAUUCCCAAGCAGUGUUGUUAUUUACGCUGAAUGUGUAGAACCUGCUCAGCGUCUGUCUGCUCUCCUCUGUGUUCUCUGUUGUUUCUGGGUUCUGGGGUUCAGCAGUGCGUUAUUUUAAUAUCAGUUUGUGUAUUAAAGCCUCUGGGAAGCUGAAGGAGAUGUGAAUGUUGUUCAGUUUGGCUAUUUUUUAUAAAUAUCUGUUAAAUAUCA